UUUCUGCUGAUGUGUAUUUUUGGAACAAGCCUACCAGAAGUCUCCCCCCUCAUCCCCUCCUUUUUAUAAGAGGCCUAUAUUUAGGUCCAGUGCCCAAGAGUGUGAGAGUUGACUUGGGUGUCUAUUUCCAGUUUAUCUCUUGAACUAAAAGUGAUCACUAGAGCCACAGAAGACACUUCCUUGGACAGGUUUUACAAGUUGAUGCACUGUCUCACGACAGCUAAGUAUUUCGAGUUUGAAAUCAAGACCGCUAUCAAUAGGAACGUAUGGUGAGAAGAUGGAGGGUCAUAAAGUGCCAAUCGUGGAAGACACAAACGUGCAAGUGCUUGGCGAAACAGAAGCUUUACAAGCACCUGACGACCAGGCAGACUACCCCUCAACUGGAACCAACUCCAUUUACUCGGCCAUCCUCAGCAGAAACGAGGCCGUCAAGGAUGCCAAACGUCUCAAGACCUUCAUGGAGCUGAGAGACAAAUACUUUAAAAAGAAGGUUCUCUUCGAGGACCCAAUUUUCCCAGCCUGCGACUCCUCGCUCUUCUACAGCCACCACAAGCCCCAUAUGAAAUUUGUGUGGAAGCGACCUUCGGAAAUAUGUGAAAACCCACAGUUCAUUGUGGAUGCAGCCAGCAGGACUGACAUCUGUCAGGGAGAGUUGGGUGACUGCUGGCUGCUCGCCGCCAUUGCCUGUCUCACUCUAAAUGAGAAGCUUCUCUACAGAGUGAUUCCUCCGGAUCAGAACUUUACAGAGAACUAUGCCGGGAUCUUCCAUUUCCAGUUCUGGCGUUACGGUGAGUGGAUCGACGUGGUCGUUGACGACCGUAUCCCCACCUACAACAACCGGCUGGUGUUCACCAAAUCGUACCGAGAGAACGAAUUCUGGAGCGCUCUUCUGGAAAAAGCUUACGCCAAGCUGAACGGCUCCUAUGAGGCUCUUAGAGGUGGUAACACUCUAGAGGCCAUGGAGGACUUCACAGGGGGAGUCACAGAGUUCUUUGAGUUGUCUGAGGCACCUCAAGAAAUAUACCAAAUUAUGAAGAAGGCCCUGCAGAGAGGCUCACUAAUGGGCUGCUCCAUUGAUGUCACCUCCCCCUGUGAAAUGGAGUCCAAAACUGAACUUGGCUUGGUCCGAGGACACGCCUACUCGAUUAUAGCCUUAGAGGAGUGUGAUGAGGCAGCAAAGGACAGCAAAAUUCGUUUGAUUCGCUUACGCAACCCAUGGGGUCGAGUGCUAUGGAAGGGACCCUGGAGCCCAAACUCAAAGGAAUGGUCCACCAUUUCUAUUGCUGACAGGAACAACCUUAAAAAGCAGACUGUUGAGGAAAGUGAGUUCUGGAUGUCCUUUGAUGACUUUAAGAGGAAUUACACCAAGCUGGAGAUCUGCAACUUGACGCCCGACACGCUCCAGGGAGACGAACGGCACAGCUGGAACGUGUCGGUCUACGAGGGUCGAUGGGUCCGAGGCAGCUCUGCGGGGGGGUGUCGGAACUUCCCAGACACCUUCUGGACAAACCCUCAGUAUCACCUGGAGCUUUACAAGGACGAUGACCCAGAUGACCCCCAGGAACUUUGCACGGUGGUCGUGGCUCUCAUGCAGAAAGGUCGUCGCAUUCAAAAGCAAUUGGGGCCUAGGUUCCUCACUAUUGGAUUUUCCAUCUAUGAGGUGCCCAAGGAGCUGUGUGGCCGAAAUCGACAUCUCCAGAAGGAUUUCUUCCUGUACAAUGCCUCCAAAGCUAAAUGCAAACAUUACAUGAACCUACGCGAAAUCACAGAGCGUGUCAGGCUGCCGCCAGGAGAAUACGUCAUUGUCCCCACCACAUUUGAGCCUCAUCAGGAUGGUCAGUUCAUUCUGAGAGUCUUCUCAGAGAACAGGAGCACCUCAGAGGAAGCUGAGAACACAAUCGGGACGGAUCAAACCCGGCAAGGCAAGAAAAGGAAGGACAAGCCUAUUGUGUAUGUGUCCGAUCGAGCAUUUGCCAACAAAGAAAUCUUGCAUGACGGCAUUCAAGGGGAGAAGAAGACACCUAAAAAAAAACUCCUUCAGCCUGAGGAGGAAACUGAAGAGGAGAAACAGUUCCGCGUUAUCUACAAACAAAUAGCUGGCGAGGAUAUGCAAAUCUGUGCCAAUGAACUCCAGACCGUAAUGAAGAAUGUGGUCUCCAAAUUGCAUGAAAAGAAAACUGAGGGUUUCAGUUUGGAGACGUGCCGCAGUAUGAUUGCCCUGAUGGAUACAGAUGGGACAGGGAAACUAAAUCUCCAGGAAUUUAAACACUUGUGGAGGAAAAUCAAGCAAUGGCAUGUUAUCUUUAAAGGUUAUGACAAGGAACAAACUGGCUCCAUCAGCAGUUUUGAAAUGAGAAACGCUGUUAAUGAUGCAGGCCUACAUCUGAACAAACAGCUAUAUGACAUCAUUGCCAUGCGCUAUGCGGACCAACACCUCAACAUUGACUUUGACAGCUACAUCUGCUGUUUUGUCAGACUGGAGGGCAUGUUCAGGGCUUUCAAUGCUUUUGACAAGGAUGGAGAUGGAAUUAUCAAACUUAAUGUACUUGAGGUGAGCUAUAUUUAUUCAUGGCAUGUUUUUUGUGACACAUGUUAAGAGUAUAUAUGGUCUAUUAUAUGUCUGUAUGAUUUAUAUUUUUCUUUUUACUUUGUAGUGGCUUCAGCUUACCAUGUAUUCUUAAACGUCUCCGUGAAUGACCCAGCCUCUUUCAAAGUCAUGAGUCUUAAUGGAGAAAUGGAAUUGGUCGCUAUGAUUUUGUAAUUUAUGUAACAUUAUCAGUGUUAAGUUCUGUUAUUAAAGGAAACUAACAUUUGAAAGAAGGAAUACAACCUUUAUGUUGGUGAAUGGGAUUGUUUACAGUACUUGGUUACUUCACAAAAUAAUGCACAGCCUGGGAGAGGCCCUGUUUUACUCGCAAAAUAAAUAUAUUGAACAUUUAGGUAGAUUUUCCAAAGGGAAUUUGAAGCACAGCAUCUCACAUAUGAGCAUUACUGGGCAUUAACUGGUUAAUAUCUGUUACGCAUGCAUUUUAGAUUUUUUUUUUUUUGGCCAUAAAAACAAACUAAUACAAUAUUUGAAUAUACUUAAAACAAAUACCAGACACUCUAGUAGCCAUAUUACAUUUACAUUUUUUACAUAGACUAGAAUUACUUAAUACAAUUUUCAAAUGUUCUGGGAAGUUCCCAACUUGAAAAACAGUGUUUCUGAUCUGAAGUUUUUAGUUUAUCUGUACAAUGAUGUAGUACAACAAUUUUAAUUUGCCCUGUUUUAUUUCAAGAAAUGAACUGUUAUUCCAUAAUACACAUUAAAAAAAAAAAGUCCUUUGGGAAAUGCCUUUGAUAGUGGUAAAUUAAACAAACCUACAUACUACAAAAGUGUCCACUGUUUCAACAUGUGUGUUCAUUGAGAACUUGAAUGGCACGAAUAUUCAGAGUGAGGAAAAAAAAGGGGGGCACCAUCAGCACAGCUUGCCUCAAGACUCCACUUUACUGUCCACAUCAACGUGAUUCUGCAUAUGCUUAGGAAGCUCCUGAAAACAUUCAUGGAAUAAAUAAGAAAUUAAGUAACUGUGUUAUGAUCAUUACACCUGGGUUGUUAUGCUACCUGUCUGACUGUCUGCUGUGUGGGGAAAAACGUGCUGCAUCCCCUCCAGCGACACUUGACCGUCUCCAGAUUGGGACUGGUGUGGUCACCGACGAGGUGCUGGACAAGGUGCUCUGCCAUGCCGAAAAUCAGACAGCAAUUCUGCCACUGCCAUGAAAAAAAAAUAAGAAUGGAAGAGGAAAAACUUUGACUCUCAAAAUGAUUUCUUGUUGCUUUUUCAAAAGUAUCCCUAUUACCAAUUUGCAAAACCAGCAAAUGAGGGCGGAGACAACCAUGGUGCAACUUCAGAGAAUUGGAAGAUUUCCUUGUUUUCAUAGACAACAAUGAUAGAACAUUUUUACAGUAGUUUGGUGCUACAUCAAGAGAAUAAUCUAAUUUAUGUUGUCAUUUAGCUUUUUAAGUUUUUGGGUCCUGUCAGGAAACAAAAAGUCAUAACUUUUAUUAUUGUUUCAUGUAUUUCCUGCAUGUACUUUUUUUUUUUUUUUAAAACAUAAAAUUUACGUUUCACGUCCCCAUAAAGUAAAAAUAAAGGAAGGAA